AUGACGGCGUUCAACUGGGCAUACGUUCGUGGCGCACCUAUCAAGUUUACCAGGAUAUGUGCCUUGUACAGCCUCAACGCCGUCUUGCUCACUCUUCGUCGCCUAGUAUCGCCGGCUUCAUCUCUUCCCACAAACUAUGUCACUGCCUUGAAGUCGCUUCUCCUCAAGAUCUUCUUCUUGAAGGACUACAAGUUCAUAUACUCCACCCCGCCGGCGGCGUUUGCCGCGUCCAGGCAAAUCACAGGCCAAGGCUGGCAUGCAUACGAAGUCGAUUGCAAUCCCAAUCUGGCACUCAGCGACUAUGACGCCGUCGUCCUGUACUUUCACGGAGGUGGCUAUGCCAUUGGUGAGCCGAUGCAAUAUUACGAGACGUUCAAAAGGUGGCAGAGGAAGGCUGCUCAGCUUGGGACUCAUCUGGCUAUUGUUUCUCUACGUUAUCCACUCUCGACCGAGCAACCCUACCCGGCACAGCGCAAUGCGGCAUUAGCAGCCUAUCAGCACUUGAUACAGCAGGAACACGUACCACCAAGCAAGAUCAUUCUAUGCGGCGACUCUGCCGGAGGAAACCUCGUCGCUUCCCUACUGGUCUACCUCCGCGACCACGACGACAUCCCUCGCCCAGCAUGCUCCGUCAUGAUCUCCCCGUGGCUGGACCCGUCGCUGUCCAAGACGGCCAAAUCACCCUUUGCGGGAGUCGACUUUGUCUACGGCGACGGGACAUGCGAAGGAACACGAGGCAUGGCCCAAUUGAUCGCCGGGAAGGACCACAGCCCCAGCGACCCGGAGAUCUCGUUGGCCCUGAACACCGACCUCAAGGGCAUCCCGCCGCACCUGUGCUGCUACGGCACCGCCGAAGUGUACCAGGAGGAUUCGAAGAUGUGGAUCGCACAGUGCAUGGCGGAUGGCGUGGAUGUGACUGAGUACAGUGGCAAAGGCGCCGUGCACACGUUUGUACUGGGGGGGUUGACUGCGGAUGCGAAGCUUGAGGAGGAGGCGGACGGGGUCUUCUUGGGCUACAUCAUCAAGCAUCUUCCAUUGAGUCGAUGCUAG